CGCUAUCCCUCAGAGGAGAACAGUUUCAUUCGCAGGAGCAUUUGGAAGGAAAAGUAGAACGGCGUUAGACAUGAUGUUCUCCGUAGUACUCGUUUUCUGCAUUGGAGGUGCUUUGGCUGCCCCACCGACCACUAGUCAACCAACAGUAUCAGAGGCUCCCCUCGAACCUCAGGUUGAUUAUCCAGCACCACAAAUUGACUGGGGUAAAUGCCCUCAGCUGAAACCCACCGAAGCAGAUAAGGAACAGAAAAGAGUUGUCAUUGAGAAGUGUUUGAAUGAAAAUCCACCUCCAGCAGUUGAAAGUCUUACCGAUCAUAAACAAAUUGAUGAACACAGAGAAGUCGUCACUACUUGUGCUUUGAAAACUGAAGGAUGGUUCAAUCCUAAUGGAACCUACAAGUUUGAGCGAGCCAAGUCCGAAAUUCAGUCCAAGAAAUUAGAAGCUGAGGUUGAAAAAAGCAUCACUCAGAGACACGAAGAAUGCAAAGAUGAAGCCGAGAAACGAUUCCCUGAUGGUUAUAUUCAACAAGUCCAACUUUACCAAGCUUGUAUGGAUUAUCAUAUUGCUGAAAUCUGCGAAAUUGAAUUGAUCCCACCACCAGGCGGUUACCCAAAUCCUGAAGAAUUUGGUGACUAUGAAGAAGGUGAUGGAAGUUUCCCACCAUUCCCUACUGGUGAGGCAGGUUCUGAUAAACCUCCACAGGCUCCUCAAGGCACAGCCCAACCACAAACAGCAACCGCAGCAGCUGCAGCUGCAGCGGCAUCAGCCUAAAACAACUUCUUCUUUAAAAGAUACAAAGAAAUGCCAGCAACAUUUCUUGUUCCAUUUGAAGUGAAGAGUGACAGCUGAAGAAUAGUUUGUCGUCGUUACUCACCGUUAUCAUCUUGUAUAGUGCCUGCAACAUUUUCACCCUAAUUCCUACAUCGUCUCUACAUUCUGAACGAAUUGUUUGUGUUUUUGUGAAUUAUUUGUUUCAAUAAAAUGAGCAUCUGCUCUUUCCUCUUCUA